AUGCUAUUCACCCCACGGACAUACUCUGCAUCCCAGACUCUGGAUCAAACAACCAACCCCAGCGGAAUUCCGAAGCGGCUACGAUUCCCUCCACUUGCAGGUUGGCACCCUGACCCAACAGAUGCUGAUCGCGUUACUGAAAUGCUAUUGACCCGGCAAACUGGCAGCGUGCGUGUUGGUGAAGUUAUCAGAUAUACAUUAACAUACACGCCAACAACCGACGAACUCCAGCCUCCAGCGGCCCUACGUGUGAAAAUAAAAAAUACAUCAGCCAUACCACUGCGAGCCGCGUACUUGCAUGGCCCAUAUACAUUGUAUACAUCAUGCUACCCGCAUUCAUUUGAUCCUAAUACCACAACAAUAGCCCCUGAUUCUAGAAAUGUGCCGCAAUUCGAACCUUAUCUCAAAGCCGGCGGCACAUGGAAUGCCCAGAUCCCCAUACCGAGGCAUGACAAGCGCGCAGAUCCUGGAAAUCCCAAUGAGGGAUAUUCAAGUGGACAUAAUACGACAUGGGUUAUUGAGAUUGUAUCGCAAGUUAUAUUCUCAAGCACUGCGUCGGUCAAUUUUGAGCUUCUGGUUAGCCGAGAUAUGUCAUCAGAUCUUCAAACCUCGAAGACGCAGUUUAACCCACCCAAGGCUGCAAACAUGCGUGACCACUGGCCAUCUGGCUCGAACGGCAAGCAGCAGCGUGUCACCAAAGGCGUGUAUUCGGAUUCCGUCCAUCUGCUGAUAGAUGACACCGCUAGUCUUUGGAAUACUCCACAGUUCCCCGUAUCAUGCGAUGACGAACGGACUAGGAACGUGAGCUCGAUGGAAAGCAGACCUAAUGUGGAUGCUGUUGGUCCUGCACGAGGAGCCGGAACAUCGGAGACUGGUGGAUCGCCCAAGAAUCGCCGAAAAAACAUUCACCUUGUUGUGUUAACCCAUGGGUUACAUAGCAACCUUGGUGCAGACAUGCUGUAUCUUAAAGAGAGCAUCGAUGCUGCAUAUAAAAAAACCAGCUCCGCACGAAACGGCCAAUCUUCCACGGGCGAGCCGACGUUGGCGCCCUCGUCAUUCUCGGGAAGCUGCAAUGUUCAUGGUGACGACGAUGAUCGCCAAAGCGAGGACAUUAUUGUUAGAGGGUUCCCAGGGAACGCGGCCCGUACCGAACGUGGAAUCCAAUACUUGGGCAAGCGCCUCGCAAAAUACGUGCUCUUGAUGACUUAUCCUGACCAGCCUCAUUUACCCCACAAAAAACCGAAGCCUAAGAGCCGUUCCAAUUCGUUCGUUCCGUGGAGUGGACAGGAGGCGGUCGACAACGCUGAAUCUUCCCGCGUAGACGAAGGGCUGUUCGACGCUGGUGAGCAUCAUGCAUAUCAGAUAACAAGUAUUAGUUUCAUUGGACACUCUCUCGGUGGCCUUGUGCAGACGUAUGCAAUCGCGUAUAUCCAAAAGCACUCCCCCGAAUUCUUUGACAAAAUCAGACCUGUUAACUUUAUCGCGCUUGCGACGCCAUUCCUCGGAUUGAGCAAUGAAAAUCCUAUGUAUGUUCGGUUUGCCUUGGAUUUUGGCCUCGUUGGCCGCACUGGCCAGGAUUUAGGACUGAGUUGGACCGCACCAAAGAUUCGGAGUGGAUGGGAUGCCAUAAUUGGUGGGAAGGGGGAAUCCUCUAGGCUACGGGGCGAUGAAAACACCCGCUCCAAGCCUUUACUGAGGAUUCUUCCCUCUGGCCCUGCUCACGAGGUGCUUGUCAAGUUCAAGCGGCGCACAAUAUAUUCUAAUUUGGUUAAUGAUGGGAUUGUUCCGCUACGAACUUCGUGCUUGCUCUACCUUGAUUGGAAAGGAUUGCAACGGGUUGAGAAGGCAAGACGAGAGAAUGGGAUUGUUGGAACUGUGGCUGAAUGGGGGUGGUAUGAAUUGACUGGGGCAAACUCGAAGUCUCCAAAUAACGCUCGUUGCGCCAAAGAUGGCUCGGAAGUGACAUGUGCUUCUUCAAGUGCCACGGAAAUCGCGAAGGACACUGCCGUUACAAUAACCCCGCAACGAGGUACUACCACUCAACAUUUGUCCUCUCCCACCUCUUCUUCCGUUGGAAGAAGGCCCCCAGAUCAUGCCCAACCGCUCUACGGAGCCGAUGAUGCAUUUAAUAACAACGAACUGGAUGGAGGACCACCGCAUACGCCGUCUAGUUCUCUGAGUGGCUUCUUUUCGAUAUUCAAACCAAGAGAACCUAAAUACAAACACGAAAAAUUCCUCAAGCGCUCCCAAACAAAUGCUACUCCGAUAGCCACAAAGGUGAUACAGCAGGAUGAUUCUCAUUUAAACACCACUUCUCGCGAUUCUGGAUUUAAUGCACCCCCCAAGACAACACUAUUCGAAUCCGCUGGCGACAUCCUCAUGCCACCACUACCCCCGGUUGAUUACAUUGUGAACCCUGCAUCACGGCAGCGUGCGAUUUUGCAUGACCGGAUUUAUUAUCCUGAAGACAUUCCUCCUCCAAUGGUGAAGCGGCAGAAGACAGGGAUAAAUGCAUCUCAUGAUGGAAUCACAGCAGCGGAUCAUGCCUCUGCUGAAGGGCCUGCAGAUGAGGCCGGACUCAAGGUGGAAGAGAAGAUAGCCCGUAGUUACCACCGUGGGCUCUCAUGGCGGAAGGUCCUUGUUCGCUUGGAACCUGACGCACACAAUAAUAUUAUUGUUCGGCGAAUGUUUACAAACGCCUAUGGUUGGCCGAUCGUGCAACACCUUGUCGAUGCUCACUUUCGACCGGACUCUCCGAGUAGCAAGGGAAGUAUUUGUGAAGAUAUCCCAACUUCACCUGUGGCGGAAGCAGAGGAUUGCUGCCAUGAUAAUACUCGGUUAACCUCUGUUCUGAAUGAUGACAACUAA